AACCGAGCAGAAGGCGAAGAUGAAAACCAACCUCACAACUCAGCUCACAACUCAGCUUCCACUGCUAAUUAAGACGUAGUUACAGCUCAGCUUGCUGCCAUGCAACAACAAUUUGGUGUCUUCCAGUUAGUUUUGGGUCAGCUCCUAGCUCGGAAUAAUCCUGGCGAUUCCCUCAUCAAUCUACUCAACCCUACCCAACAACCCUCUAUUCAACAGCAAGAUCCUCAACCAGUUCAACAUGUUCCUGCUCUCAGGAGUGCACCAGACAUUAUGUACUUUCACUAUUUUGAGAGUCUUGGGCUGGAUCCAGCUUUGUUACAGAGGUACGAUGGUCCCAUCUAUGGAUUCAAUAACCAACCUGUUCAGGUAGAAGGAGUCCUUACUCUCAAUGUUGCUUUCGGGAGUGGCCGAACUUAUGUUAACCCUCCAGUUCGAUUUCUAGUUGUGAAAAUGGCAUCUUCUUUCAAUGCUGUUAUUGGACGACCCAUGUUAACCGAGAUCCGAGUUGUGGUAUCUCAAUCUCACCUCUACAUGAAGUUCCCAACUCCCAUGGGGAUAACAACAUUACAUGGUAACCAGGAGGUAAUGGGGGUUGAGAUAGUAGACAACCGACCAGAGGAUGAAUCUAGAGCUACCCCAAUUGAGGAUGUAGAGGAAGUGCAAAUUGAUGAUAGAGAUCACAGCAGGAAAACGCAAAUUGAAACUCGGUUGAACCCAAAGGAAAGAGAAGAGUUAAUAGCUUUCCUCCGAGCUAACAACGAUGUCUUCGCUUGGACCUCAACAGAAAUGCCAGGAAUUCCAACCUCAGUUUCUCAGCACAAGCUUAGCACUAAUCCAUUGAAGAAACCAGUGCCGAUGGCUCCAGAGGAUGAAGAGAAAACCUCGUUCUAUGCUGGUGACGAAAUUUAUUGCUAUGUCAUGAUGCCAUUUGGCUUAAAGAACACAGAUGGAUACCGAAGUGAACAUGCUCUGAAAUUUAACUUCGAUGCAACAAACAACAUGGCUGAAUAUGAAGCUCUGCUACUUGAUUUGCGACUAGCAUUGGAGUUGAAAGUCAUGGUGAUACAAGUAUACAGUGACUCACAGCUUGUGGUUAAUCAAGUAAACUCAAUCUGCGAAGUUGUUGAUCCUGUGAUGAUGAACUUUUUAAGCUCCAAACCAGUUUUUGUGGAAGUUUUAGAUGAACCAAGCUUCAUGAAGCCACGAAUGAUGGAAAUCAGCACAGACCUAGAUACACCGAGCUGGACAGAUCCAAUUAUCUCCUUUUUACAAGACUGGUCAGUGCCUGAAGAUAAGCAUGAGGCAAUGAGGUUGAGGAAGAAAGCGCCUCGAUAUACACUCAUUGAUGGGGUUCUCUAUAAGAGAUCUUUCUCACUCCCUCUUCUACGAUACUUGAGUCCUUACGAAACUUAAUAUGGGAUGCCGAACCAGAUUGUGGCUAACAAUGGUACUCAGUUUAACUGUUCCUCCUUCCGAGAUUUCUACUCCAGUUACGAGAUCAAACUACAGUUCACCUCGGUUUAUCAUCCAGAGUCCAAUGGUAUGGUAGAAUCUGUUAAUAAAGCUAUCUUAGAAGGGAUAAAGCCGAGGUUGGAGCAGUACAAGGCCAGAAAGGCUGGCCUAAUAGGGUUUGAAACUCAUUUUGGCGAACUGGCCCCGAACUGGGAAGGCCCUUACAUAGUGGCCGAAGUGCCACAUCCUGGUGCCUAUAUCCUCCAAGACGCUAAAGGGAAGCGAAUUCCUAGAGUCUGAAAUGUCAAUAACUUGAAGAAAUUUUACCCUUAAUAAAUUUCUUUCAAGUGAUCUUUGUCUUAUUCUUCUUUAUAAUUAUUACCUCUUCAUUUCUGAGAUUCAUUUCAUCUGUUGUCCUGUAUAUCUGAAGGCAAUUUGUUUGGAAUCUAUUCCUUAGACUGCACUUUUAUUAAUGAAUUUCACUUAACAUC